GUGCCUCCUCCCGCCUCCUCUGUCUGCGCGCGGGAACGGGGCUCCCGCGCGCACCCAAAGGGGCCUGUCGUAUGGCGACCCCGGAGGGGGCGCCCCCUGGGGCUGAGGGUGCGGGGCCUGAGCCCUGGGCGCCCCUUGAAGCUCCCGCCCGCCUGCUGCUGCAGGCGCUGCAGGCCGGGUCCGACGGGGCGCGGCGCGGCCUUGGGGUGCUGCGGGCGCUGGGCCGCCGCGACGGGGAUCCCUUCAGCUGGGGCGACCUCCUGGGGGCGCUGUGCCGGGAGGAGCCGGCGCUGCGGGGCCCUGGCGGCCCCCUGGAGCUGAGGCCGCUGCUGCUGCGCCUGCCCCAGUUCUGCCAGAGGAACCUGCUGUCCCUGCUGAUGGCUGUACGGCCUUCGAUGCCUGAAAGCCAGCUCCUGCCUGUGCUGCGGAUUGCCCGACAGGACCGGGUCUCUGCCCCUGAUGCCUGGCUCCAGGCCCUGGGGAGGUUGCUGCAGAGAGACCUUGGGCCCGGUGUCUCCUUGGAGGGAGCCUCCGUGCUGUCAGAAGGGUGCCGGGCGCAGCUCCGAAGCCUUUGUAGGCGGCUGGGCCAGGGAGGCAGGAGGUUGAAACUGCCCAGGGCUCCAGACCUCGAGGAAGAGGAGGACAGGGAGUCCCAGCAGUGUGGGAAACGGAGGCAACGGCCAGGGGAAGAGACUGGCAAUCCUGAGGGGGAGAAGGCCCCCAAAAGGUUCCGAAGUGGGGAAAGGGAAGAAGAGGAAGAUGAUCACAAGGAGAGACCAGGAGCCCUGUCCUUGGAAUCCCUGGUGGCUGGAGGAGCAGCAUCACCCCUGAGGAAAGAGCCCCUCGUCAUGGGAGCCGGGCCCUGUGGUGCUUGCCAGAGUCCAGGGGAGGCGGAGGGCCGAUGGGCCAGUGUGGAGCUGCCCGGAGCCCUGCAGGCCCAGGUGCCCAGGCUGCAGCAGCUGCUGAGGACCUUCGGGGAGGGAUUGGGGGGGCUGGGGGAUACCCCCCCAAAAGAGCUGCAGCUUCUCCAUGAAUGCAGUCCUGGCCAGGUGGAGCAGCUGUGUGCCCAGCUGCAGCUCCCCCAACUCUCGGACGCCAGCCUCCUGCAGCUGUGCACCUGGCUGCUGGCCCUGUCCCCAGGCCUCAGCAUCAGCAAUGCCACUGUGCUGGCCAGGAGCCUCUUUCUGGGCCGAGUCCUCUCCCUGACCUCCUCAGCCUCCCGGCUGCUCAGAACCGCGCUGACCUCCUUCUGUGCCAGCUACCCCUACCCAGUCUGCAGCGCCCUCCUGGGCACCGUGCUGCAGGCCCCAGGCACAGGUCCGGCACAAACAGAGUUGCUGUGUCACCUGAUGAAGGACGAGUCCCUGGAGCCAGAUGCUCAGGCCCUCAUGCUGGGGCUGCACCUUUCUGGCCCAGGACUGCCGUCUUCCCCAGUUCCGCCUCAGGCCUCGGGGCUAGCUCCGUGUGAGGCACUGCAGAAUGGGGACCUGAGGCUGUCCCCGGCCCCCGGCCUGUGUGGAGUAGGAGCUGGGUGCCCGGGCUUGGUGAGAGGCCAGGCUGUGCUCACGAGGCCACUGCUGUGCAGGCAGAUCUUGGAGCUGUCCUGGAAGGAGGAGACUUUCCUGGUAUUGCAGGCGCUCCUGGAGCGGCAGGUGGAGAUGACACCUGAGAAGCUCAGUGUCCUGAUGGAGAAACUCUGUAAAGAGGGUCUGGCAGCCACCGCCUCUGUGGCCUAUGCCAAGCUCAUGCUGACAGUGAUGACCAAGUACCAGGCCAGCGGUCACAACCAUAGAGUUCAAACUCACUAUGUAGCUGAGGCUGGCCUUGAACUCAUCAUCCUCCUGCCUCGGCCUCCGGAGUCAGUGCUGGGAUUAUAGCAGCUCCUCACCCCCACCCAUAGUUGGUGUUUUACCCUUUUCUUGAGGAUCAUAGGCACAGGCUCAUCUGGAUUUCCUGACACUUGCUGCAGCCCCUCCCAGAGAAGUGGAAACAGAAGUGUGCAUCUGAUGCAGUCUCGGGCUGCUUCUCCUCCCUGGUGCUUGAGUCCUGGCUUCCCUCUCUGCCCUUCCACAGAGCCCGUGGGUAGAGGCCAGGGGAAGAACAGCUGCCCGCCCUUACGGGUUCCUCCUUGUCCCCAGAUCACUGAGACCCAGAGGCUGGGCCUGGCUGGGGCCCUGGAGACCCACACUACCUUCCUGCGGAAGUCCCUGCAGGCUGCCCUGAGACGCCUGGCUCGCUGACUGUCAGCCACCCUCCUGGAGCCCCGACACCAGCUUCUGCCUGCGCCACCUUGUCCCGAGCCCUGGCCUCAGGUUAAAGGCAGAGCCCAGUGUCUUUGGGACCGACUUCCCCCUGGCAGCUGGGCUGAGGGUGGGAUGCACUGUGCUCGCAGAGGAUGCUGGGCUGGCUCAGUCCUCACUGCUGCUCAGGGUGCAGGAACAGAGACUCCAGAGUAAUUUACCCAUAGUAUUUAAUAAACAGCAGGAAGCUCGGUGACUCCUGUUAGGAGCAGCAUCUGCCUUCCCGUUGACCCUG